AUGUCAAUAGAGCCCACUUUGGGUCAUGUGACCAACUAUCCGCGCCCCUGUUCAAAAGUCGCUAAUCUUCAAAUAAAAGAAACAACUCAAUCCCCCAGUAUGCUGUUAUUGGACUUGCCAACUGAGCUUUUGUGGCUCAUUGGCUCCUUUUUGGAGCGCAAAAGCGAUCUGAAUUUCCUCUCUCAGGCAAACCGACACCUACACCUACUGUUCAACCGCGUUGUCUAUGACCUAGACGUCAAAAACUCUUGGAGCUGUGCUCUAGAAUGGGCCGCGCGAAAUGGUUGUGAGGCAACUGCACGAAAAGCAAUUGAUGCAGGCGCCUCUCUAGACAGCGAGGAAUACUAUGAAAGUAAGCCACUGACGCUGGCUGUGGAAAAUGGCGAUGAUGCCUUCGUGCGUCUGCUCCUUGAGAAGGGCGCGAAUCCCAACGACGACUCAUACUGGAAUUGGGGCCUCAACCCUCUUACCGACGCAUCAAUGCGCGGGUACGAAUCUAUUGUCAGGCUUCUGUUGGAACAUGGAGCUUCCCAAUAUCGUCCUGAUAGUGCUCCCAUGACCUUUCCCGCAUUGCAGAUUUACAACUUGCCAUUGCCGAGCGCAGCAGGAGAAGGACAUCUCGAGAUUGUUAAACUCCUUACAGGAGCCGACCAUGAAAAGCGAUUUCGAGAUCUUAUUGGUCCAAUUGCACUUACCCAAGCUGCUGCUGGUGGACAUAUAAGUGUUGCGCAACAUCUAAUUGAGGAGGGUGUUGAUCCGAAUUUGCACGAGUGGCAAGGUGAAGAUGAUCCCAUUUCCUGGGCUUCUCGACAGGGUCGGCUGGAGAUGGUCAAGUUUUUACUUGACAAAAAGGCCGAGGUUUUGCCAAAAGAGCAAGACAAUCUCCUAUAUCCGAUGACCUUGGCCGCUAGCAGAGGCCAUUAUGCGGUGGCCGAACUCCUCGUAUCAACAUACGUUGAGAGAAUUACUCAAUCUGGGAGUAUCGAAGAACGAGGCACGCUAUUAGCAGUGGCUGUUAUCUGUGGAUGGGAAGUUACCGUGCAAAGACUACUUGAGCAUGGUUGUCCACCAGAUACAUUGUCUUUAGGAUACAAUCGAAUGAACUGGGAUGCCAGCCUGACACCGCUGGCGAGGGCUGUUGAGAACAAUGACUAUGAAAUGAUUCAGAUAUUGCUUCACCACGGCGCAAAUCCGAAUGGACAAGGGUGCUCUGAACUCUAUGAUAGUCCCCUUUUCCUGGCAAUAACAAAUGGCUAUCCGGACAUCGUGCAAUGCCUCCUCGACCAUGGGGCAUAUCUGAGCUGCCCGGAGGGCCAUACAUGCGAUCAUGAAGCGAUGGUCCUGUUGGGAGCAAUCCCAUUCAAGACCAUAUUCCCGCUCCUCCUUGACCGAGGCGCGAAUCCAGAGGCGAUAACAGAAGAUCACGAAUACCCUCUUGCACAGGCACUCCGAUCUGGCCAUAUUGCCAGGGUGCAAUUGCUGCUAGAUAAGGGAGUCCCGUUACAAACGCCUCCUGAGUUGAAGUACGCCCCAAGCGUGCUGGCUUGUGCAGUGGACGGAGGACAGGCUAUGGUGGAAUUCGUUCUAGCCCAAGGAUUUGUUCCCCAACCUGAGGAAACAGAGCGCGCCUUAUAUGUAGCUGCCCGACAUGGAAACCCGGCUCUAUUGGAAUUGUUUCUGGACCAGGCGACAGACCAAGGCUGGUGUCCAAACGCAAGCGUUAUGAUGGAAGCCGCCUUAGAACACAAUAUAGAUGAUGCAAAAGCCAUGAUUGAUUUAUUACUCGACCGCGGUGUUCACAUUGACACACGGGAUCGAGAUAAUACGACUCUCUUAUUCAAGGCCGCCGAGCUCUGCCAUCAUAAAAUGGUUCCUUUCUUGUUGGAGCGGGGCGCGGAUCCUAUAUCAAGAAACGGCUCUGGAAGCAUUUGUCCAUUGGUGGCUUCCGCAGCCAACGUGACAAACACUUCACUCUCGGUAACAACUUGUCUGCUGGAAUUUAUUGAAGAGCGGGGUAUUCCGUUGCAGGACUGGGAAGACCAGCUGAAGGUGAUAGAGGAGGCAACAUAUGAACCCUGGAAGGAUCAAGUUACACGACUUCUGCAGCGUUUGUACUGGAGAAAUGUAUAUCCUCCUCCGUCAAAUAUGCCAUCGGAUUCAGCAAAAGGGUUGAAACGAAGACGAAACAACAGCAGCGCUGGCGGCAGAGAAGUGAGAGGACGGCAAGAUGCCUGA